UAUUUCAGCUUCGUGUAGCCAAUGUUGGUAGGAAAUUAAAAACAACACCACCUACAACGGUUCCAGCAGACGAUUACUUAUAUAAUAUUCCGCCAGUAUUCUUAGAAGAUGAAAAACCUUCCAGCAACAGCAACCAAGAAAAUAAAAUUAAUAAAAAGAUUAAUAAGGAUACGCAAAUAGUCAUAACGUUUGGGGACGAACCAACUGACAAACCGGCGCCUGGCAUAGUAAAUAUUCUACUCUUUUGUUAACACGUCUUUCCGCGUUAUGGUAAAACGAUUCCAUAGGCGUUUGAAACAUAUAUUCAUUUUUAUCUUAGCAUUCAUUUUUAUUUCAGCCUCGCACGUCUGACGUUCCCACUCCAUCACGAAUACCGAUAGCAAAUCUGUUCUCUAACAUUGAUUAUAUGGCUGGACCAGCUGUUACAGACAGAUCCUUCAUUAAAUUCAAAAAUAACAAUCAAGCUAAAAAUAAAAAGACUACAAUAGCACGUAAGAGGUCGAAAAUGAGUGAUGCUGAUUACAUGGCUUAUGUUGCAUCUGCCAUCGAAGAUGGACUAGAUAAAAUGACACAACACAUAAAGAACAGGGACUUUGAAAAAUUAUAUUCGGACAUGAUCUCAAGCCCAACGAAAGCCGCGAGAAAAGAGCGCUCCAAGUUCUUGGAAAAGAAACCUUUGUUCCCUAAAUCGUUUGAUAAGAAGUUCGCUUACAAAAACUCGUCCUCGUACCUCGAUAGCAAACCACCACAUAUUCAGAAAAACGAAUUCCGUACGAGUACACCGAAGGCGGAUUCUGUAAGUUGUAGAAGUCUCUGGUGUAGCUGUAGAUAGACGUAACCAAAACAUGUAUCAAGACUCUUAUUAUGUAGAAACACUAUUACCGUCAUAAAGAAAAGAUUUAGGAAAAACUGAUUUCAAAGUAAAACUAUUGAAUACAAUAGUAACCAGCCGUAGAAAUUAAAAAAAGGGUGCAAAAAUCUUAAAUACUUAUAUGCUUAUGCUGCUGAUGCUGUUCAGCCAGUACCUACACCAA